AUGACUGUCAUGGGAACGGGCAGCGUUUCUCUGUGUCCGUUCCAAUUCGGCCCAACUCCCACAAGAGUGUUUCUUCUCCAACCACGCUCCUUUUUUUUUCUUCCCUUCCUCCCACCCCCCACCAACUACAAUUUUAUCCCUUUAUUUUAUUUGUUUAUUUUCUGUUUACCAGCCGUCUGCCAAUCAGCCCGUCAGCUAACGGAAUUGAAUAAAUACUCUGGAGCCAUUCCCCGUUUAUUUCAUUUACUCUUAUCUCUUAUUUUCCUUCUUUUCCUUUUUUUUCCCCCUAAUUUUAUUCUCUUUUCGGCACUUCCUCUUCCGGUUUGUUUUUUUUCUGAAGCUGUCUUUCAUUUUCCUCACUUACUAUUCUUUCUUUCUUUCUUUCUUCCUUCCUUCCUUCCUUCCUUCCUUUCUUUCUUUCUUCCUUCCUUCCUUUCUUUCUUCCUUCCUUUCUUUCUUUCUUUCUUUCUUCCUUUCUGUCUUUCUUUCUUUCUACUAUUUCCCUUUUUAUUUCUUUUUUCUACCAUUUCUCUUCUUUUUUCAUUCUUUCUUUUUCUUUUUUCUUUUUUUUCUUUAAUUCAUCCAUUUACUUUUUUUCUUGCUAGCUCGUUUUUUCUCCAUUCUUUUCCUUUCUUUUCCUCAUUAUCCCUCUUUCUUUCUUUCUUCCUUUCUGCCUUUCUUUCUUUCUACUAUUUCCCUUUUUAUUUCUUUUUUCUUCUAUUUCUUUCUUUUUCCUUCUUCUUUAAUUCCUCCAUUUACUUUUUUCUUUCUGCCUUCCCAGGCGAAGAACUGGAGGAAAAUUCUUUCUAUCGCAAAACUAAAAAAAAACAACGUUACCUCAUUUUCUCCGUUUUCUUUUCUUCCAUUUUUUCUUCGUCUUUCUCCGCUCUCUCCUUCUCUUUCUUCAUUUCUUUCCUCCUCCUCUCUUUCUUUUUUCUGAUCUCUCUAUCUCUCUCUCUCUCUCUCUUUCCGCUUGUUCGUUUUUCUCUCACUUUCUUUCUCUCUCUUGCUUUUCUCUGUAUCGAUCUCUCUAUUUCCCUUUCUCUUUCUUCCUAUCUUUCUUUUUGUCUUUCUUUUUCUUUCUCUCUCUCUCUCUCUUCAUCUUGCUCUCUCUCUCUCUCUCUCUGCGUCUUUCUAUCUAUCUAUCUCUCGUCUCUGUCACUGUCUUUGUGUUCCUUUUUCCUUUUCUUUCUUUUUCUCUCUUUAUCUACAACUAAAGGCGAUCAACUUGCAAGCCAAUAUUCUAUCUAUCUAUCUAUCUAUCUAUCUAUCUAUCUAUCUAUCUAUGUGCCUAAAGAUAAAAAGAGGAAAAGUCCACUGACAUUUUACAAAUGUCUCCCAUAA